GCGCACCGCGGCACGCUGACAGACAAACAGAGGAGCUUUUGUUAGUCGAGGAGCAGCAGCAGGUUGUGAAGAGCUUUACUCCUCUUCCUACUCCCUUUAAUUACGAGUCAGGUCUCCCUAAAAACAACAACAACCCGGCUUUAAAGCCGACAGCAGGCGCGCGACGAGAGGAGGACCCACACCGACUGAGGAGAGAGAGGAGGAGGAAGUGCAGGAGGAGGACAGGAGGAGUCUCUCUCGGAGCUCCAGGUCAAUGUGAGAUCAGCGUCCCGGACUGUUCCAACUGCCGAGAAGGGAGAGACGAAAAGGCCGCCGAGAUGCCGCUGGGACCCUGGAGGAAGAAGAACAAGGCGAAGGAGCACCUGAUGGACCACGAGGAGGUCGGCGGCGGGCGCGCGGGCGCCGGGAGUCUGGCCAAGGCGUCCGUGAACGGCGCGGGGCUGCCGCCGCCACCUGCCGACCUGCGGCCCAAGCUGGUCUUCCACACGCAGCUCGCGCACGGAAGCCCCACGGGGAGGAUUGAGGGAUUUACCAACGUCAAGGAGCUGUACGGCAAGAUCGCAGACGCCUUCAACCUAAGCCCACCUGAGAUCAUGUUCUGCACUCUCAACACCCACAAGAUUGACAUGGAGAAGCUGCUGGGGGGCCAAAUUGGUCUGGAGGACUUCAUCUUUGCCCACAUUAAAGGGAUCAAAAAGGAGGUGGAGGUGUUCAAAUCUGAAGAUGCUCUGGGCCUCACCAUCACCGACAACGGAGCCGGAUAUGCAUUCAUAAAGCGGAUCAAAGAGGGCAGCGUGGCGGACCGCGUGAAGCUCAUCUGCGUCGGCGACCACAUCGAGUGCAUCAACGGCCAGAACAUCCUCGGGACUCGGCAUUAUGAGGUGGCCCGCAUGCUGAAAGACCUCCCCAAAGACAAGCCCUUCACCCUCAAGCUGGUCGAGCCGAUGAAAGCGUUCGACAUGCUCGAGCCGCGGUCAAAGGGGGCCAAACCAGCCAACGACAACAAGAUCGGGAACGGAAAAGGGACCCUGAGGCUUCGCUCCAAAGGCCCCGCCACGGUGGAGGAGGAGCCGACAGAGUUCGAGGAGAAAGCGAUAAAGAAGGUGGAUGAUCUACUGGAGAGCUACAUGGGCAUCAGAGACACUGAGCUGGCUGCCACCAUGGUGGAGGUGGGCCGGGACAAGAAGAACCCAGAUGAAUUCGCCAUGGCGUUGGACGAGACCCUGGGAGACUUUGCCUUUCCGGACGAGUUUGUCUUCGACGUCUGGGGGGCGAUUGGAGAUGCCAAGCAGGGAAGGAUUUAGGGGGGCUGCUGCCUCUGAAUCCUGCUUUGAGCCCCCCACCCCCACCCCAAGGCUCCGCCCACAUUCAGGGGCAGCACCUUGUAAAGGCUUCCUAAUGGAAUUCCAGGUCCAACCUGUCCAGUGUGAGCGGCCUCAGUCUUGACCCUUGGAGGCACCUCUAUGUCCUUCAAAUGGUCGAUUUGAUUUAGGAAACCUCAAACCCCAACCACUUAGGAGGUUCGAUGAGGUUUUCUCUCCUUUAUUUUUAUUUUUAAUGUAAAAAAAGCCCAUCCAUCUAUCAUGAAGAGAUUUUUGACCUUCACCUGAUCUGUGCCGCUGAUCGACAAGCGAAGCUUUAAGGUCUCUCGGCAGCCGUCAGGGAUGUGAACUGCACAAACGAGACCUUUAAAUUAGGACUUUCUAGCUGUGUAAUUUUGAAUAUACAAAGGUGAACCAGAGGUUUUUGUAGGUUUUUUUUGUAAUAUGUGAAGGAGCUGCUGAUUUUCCAGCAGUCACUCUGUGUAAUUAGAAUGAUGGUAGCAAUAGUUCUUCCAGUUUUGUCUUCUAUUUUUAAAGCUCUUUCAUGAAGUCUUAUUGUCUGGUUUGAUCCAGACUGAGCAAUAGAGUUUUUAUCAUCUUUAAUCCCUUAACGCCUGAGUUUAUUUCCAGCUAUUAAGUCACCUAUGAUUUUUAAGUAAUGCAUCAUUUAGGUAAUUUUAUUUGUGACAACAGGCAUUAAGGGGUUAAGCCCUCCGCAGCUUCACCAGCACUCAUUUCCUGUUUCUCGUGUUUUACGGAGUCCUGGCGUCUUUUCUUGUAAUUUAUUUUGUAAAAUCUGAUGCUGCAACACUUGUAGGAGAACGCGGCUCCAAACGAAGGCCGUCGGGUUUUGAACUUGUUAAAAACUGUCUUUAUAUGAUUAAGAUCAGCAUCAUCUCACUGUCAAGAUGCUGAUUUCUGCUGAUGCAGCAGUUUGACAAACUGUAAGGGAUCACUGUUGAUGCAUAGACAAUAAAACGUACCAUACUGCCCA